AUGUACAAGCUCCAGGUAGAGACCUUUAUCCAUGGAAAUUUAAGAGAUGGAAUGUGUAGGAAGAACGAGUUCCUGAAGACUCUGAAGGAUGACCGGAAUGGGGACUUCUCAGAGGGCAGCGAGUGUGCGAAGUUGGAAGAUUCGGAGGACAAUAGCACAUCUGAACCAAAGGAAAACAGACAGGAAGGCUGUCAUCAGAAUUGGCUUGCUCUCCCUGUAGAAGAGGAAGGUGGGGGGCUCCUCUCUCACUCUUUGGAAGCAGAGCGCAGGUUACUGAAAGCAAUAGGAUGGCAGGAGUAUCCUGAAAAUGAUGAGAAUUUCCUUCCCCUCACAGAGGAUGAGCUCAGAGAGUUCCACAUGAAGACAGAGCAGCUGAUAAGAAACGGCUUUGGGAAGAAUGACUUCUUGCAGAGUCGAAGUUCCAACCUAUUCUCCUCUUGGAGGAGCACGUGCAGAGCAGAGUUGGAGGACUCAGACACAGAGGCAAGUAGCAGAGACGUCAUCUGA